AUGUAUUCACGUUCCUUCCUUAAUAUACGGGCUCCGAGCUUCAGGCGCCAUUUCUCCAGCACCCGAGCCACCAACGCCGACUUCACGCAUGCAGUAAUAGGCGCAGGAGUCGUCGGCCUCGCUGCUGCCCGACAACUCGCAGCUCGGGAGGGUACAUCAACCAUCCUACUGGAACGACACGAUGCACCAGGAACCGAGACAAGCAGUCGCAACUCCGAGGUCAUCCACGCAGGCCUCUACUACCCGGCAACCUCCCUAAAAACAAAGCUCUGCAUCCACGGCCGCAACCUCCUCUACGACCUCUGCGCAAAGAACAACAUCCCCCACCGAAACACCAAGAAAUGGAUCGUAGCCCAAACCCCAGAGCAAUGGGAAGCAGCUUUAAAGAUACAUGCGCACUCGCAAACCCUCGACGCGCCCACACGCCCAAUAAGCCGUGAGGAAGCCCGUCACCGCGAACCAGACGUCAGAGCCGACGCGGGCAUUCUGGAAUCUGAAACGACCGGUAUUGUAGAUAGCCAUUCACUAAUGACAUACCUACAAGGAUCAUUCGAAGAGCGGGGCGGGGACAUCGCGUUCAAGACGCGGGUGACGGGGGUCGAACCUGUGGACGGGGGGAAGGGUGGAUAUAAACUGACUGCUGUGAGCGACGAAGACGGAUCUGAGACGUGCAUUACGGUUGAGACGCUUGUUAAUUCGGCUGGUCAUGGGGCGUGCGAGAUCAGUAAUAUGUUGCUUCCUGCUGAACGGCAUUUUGUGCCGUAUUAUGCUAAGGGGACUUAUUUCUCUUAUGCGGCUAGUCGGCCGAAGACGAAUGUGCUUGUUUAUCCGGUUACGAUGCCUGGGACUGGGGGGUUGGGGACGCAUUUGACGCUUGAUAUGGGUGGCCGGAUUCGGUUUGGGCCUGAUGUCGAAUGGGUUGAUGCCGCUGAUGAUCUUGUUCCUAGUGCUGCUAGGUUGGAGCGGGCUUUGCCUGAGAUUCGGGCUUAUAUGCCUGGUGUCGAUGUUGAUGCUAUUUCAUUGGAUUAUUGUGGUAUUCGGCCUAAGUUGGGGAGGGGUGGGGCUGUUAAUGAGGGCAGUGGUUUUCAGGAUUUCAUUAUUAGGGAGGAGGAGGGUUUGCCGGGGUUUGUGAAUCUUUUGGGGAUUGAGAGUCCUGGAUUGACUAGUUGUUUGGCUAUUGGGGAGAUGGUCGAGGGGAUUUUGUAUAGAUGA